ACACAACAAAAACCAGUUGGAAAAAUACCCGGGAGUUUUAGCUAACUAGCUAUCUUAUUAUUUAAAAAUGUCCCUCUAGUAGAUCAAUAACUAAUGAGGUAAACAACUCAGUACUUUGACCAACCUAUGUCGACUGGUUGACCUCUGAUCAAUUUUGUAUCUCGUGCGCUUUGCCCAUAAACGUUUUCUGGUAUAUUUGCUGUAGCUAAUUUUUGAGAUGCCUUCAUUUUUACCUACGGUGGCCGAACAACUCUUCAAAGACAUACAGAAGACAUACCAAGAGAAAACUAAAAUUCCUGAUGACCUGCUUAUUGCGCUGAGGUUUGUGUUUGGCUCCUGUGCCCUCCAGGCCUUGGACCUGGUGGACCAGCGCUCUGUCACCUGUGUCUCAUCCCCCAGUGGACGGAGAGCAUAUCAGGUGAUUGGAGGGUCAGGGCUGCUGUACACCUGCUACACCUCCUGUCACUACUGCUCCUGCCCAGCCUUCGCCUACACUGUGCUCAGGAGGAACGAGAGCCUGCUGUGCAAGCACAUCCUGGCCGCCUACCUCAGUCAGGCCAUGGGGCUGUCCCAGCAGGAGGCCCUGUCUGACCAGCAGAUGUCCAGCAUCCUUUCUGGGAGAGCAGCAAGAACUGACACGUAGAGCACCAGACCCCCAGGUCACUCAUCCAGACCUACAUGUAGAAGACCAGACCGCAGCUACAGACCCAAAGCACAGACACGUAGAGCACAACCCAACAGGUCACUGAUCCAGACUCAAAGCCACACAGCACCAUCUGAGACCAAGCUACUGCAGCACAUCCUGAGGAAAGAUGUUUAAAAGGCAAAGCCUACUGCUGCUGUAUAGUCUCCUCCAGUCUGUCUGCAUGUGUGAAGAUUACUUUUAUGGCUUUUAGGUCAUUGUGCUGUUCUUCUAGAACUCUGGUGUGGUUCUCCGCUUUCUGAAAAUCAAAAGACAACAGAUGUUGCUGUUUUUUGUGAGUGUUUGUGUUCUUAAUCUGUUGCCAGAGAAUAUGCAUCUGUUCAUUGACUGUAUUCUAAGACUCUCCUUUUAUAUGAAAAUGGUUGUUAUAUGUAGGUUGUGUAAACUCUUGUAAGAAUAUGAGUCUGACUUGUAACAAUAUGAACAUUUUAUUUGUAUUUUUUAUUUAACCAGGCAAGUCAUACAUAGCUUUUAUUGACAAAAUAAUUCACCAUACAGAUUUUUCUCAUGUUAAAUAGCAGUAUUGGUUUAGUUGUCAGUUGAGUGAAAUAAUAAUUGAACAUCAUUGACGUUCAGACAUUCUACUGCACUGUUGGAGCUACUAACAUAAGCAUUUCGCUGCACCUACUAUAACACCAGCAAAACUGUGUACACAACCAAUACACUUUGAUUUGAACCACAGUUGACUGUUUAGGCUACUGGUUAGCGACAUCAAUACUAACACAUUUGCAAACGCACAGGUUGGAAAACUACAUCAGCUUGUUCUUGUAUGGUUUUCUUCUUAAAUUGUAGGAAGGCUUCAUUCACAAGUCAGGCUUGUUGAAGGCUUUACAACCCACUGUAUGUUGCAGGGUUGGGGCAAUUCCAUUUCAAUUCAAUCAACUCCGGAAGUAAACAAACGCCAAUUCCACAUUUUUCUCAGUAAGAAGCAUUUGGGGAAUUGGAAUUUCAGUUUACUGAAUUGUAAUGGAAUUGAACCCUUAUCUUGAUGCUAAGGUCACAUUUGAAUGAACAAAUAAUAGUAAUACCAGUACAGUGCAGUCUCCAAUGGAAUGUACUUGAAGUUUGGCACACUCCUAUAGUUUAGCCCUUGAAGUUGUAGAGGUGAUGGUUGAUGUGUAUGGUGAAGAAAUGGAAAAACUAAGAAAUUAAACACAAUGGAAAUACUGUAUUUGUUGGA